AUGACGACGGCGAGGAAGGCAGCGUGCGUGCUGGCGGUGUGGGUGCUUGUCGCCUCGGGUCUCUCCGACCUGGGCUCCGCCCGCGCGCCCCUGGCCAGCAGCAAGCCGCAGCGGGAGUUCGACUACUUCGCGCUCUCCCUGCAGUGGCCCGGCACCAUCUGCGCCUCCACCCGCCACUGCUGCGCCACCAACGGCUGCUGCCGCUCGGAGCCGCUCCAGACGUUCACGAUCCACGGGCUAUGGCCGGACUACGACGACGGGACCUGGCCGUCGUGCUGCCGCCGCACCCAAUUCGACAUGGACAAGAUAUUGCCAUUGAAGGAGGUGCUUGACAAGUACUGGCCGUCCCUCUACUGCUCUAAAUCUGGAACUUGCUUCAGCGGCAAGGGACUCUUCUGGGCUCACGAGGUGCAGUACCAACUAGCAACAUACGAAUUCAGAACUAGAUUCGUCCAUUAUGCUAUUGAGCUCCGAAAGGCGAAAGAUGAACUACAGUAUUUCAGCAUUACCCUUGACCUCUACUUCAAAUAUAACGUUACGGAAAUGCUGUCAAGUGGAGGGAUACAGGUUUCAAAUGGUAAGGAAUAUGCACUCAGCGAUGUCAUCGAUACCAUCAAACAUGCUUUUGGGGGAUCACCACAAAUUGUUUGCAAGAGUGGUUCAGUCCAAGAACUUAGGUUAUGCUUCGACAAAGAAUUGAAGCCUCGUGAUUGUCUUACUACUUCUUUGACGAUUGGAAGUGUAUCAAAAAGCAAGCACUGCCCACGGUACAUCACCUUGCCAACAUAUGAUCCCCUUGUGCUUGCCAAUUCAACUGUAGAGGUCAUGUCACAGUUCGAUGAAUUUGAGGUGCCUGCGUCUCUUUAUACAGCCUAA